AUGAUCGCGUGCGGACGGGGCGCCCCGUCUCGUGCUGCUCGCUGCCUCGUGCCGAGCCUCGUGCGCUGAGACGUGUGCAGCCCCGGCGACGGGCUCGCGCCUGGACGCCAUGUCCGCGAGCGAGGACGUGUGUUGGACUUCUGUCCUCGCGUGCUUUCUGCUCGCGUGCUCCUACGUGGGCAGUUUGUACGUGUGGCGGAGCGACCUGCCCAGGGAUCAUCCAGAUGUGAUAAAGAGGCGCUUCACCAGCGUGCUCAUCGUUUCGGCCCUUUCGCCCGUCUUGGUGUGGACGUGGAACGAGUUCGCGGGUACCGCGCCCAGCGCCUCCCUGCUGCCGCUGAUGGGCUUUCGACUGGAGAGCUUCGCGUUCGCUGCCACCUUACCUCUCAUUCUUACCACGAUGUUGUUCCUUGGUCCUGUGGUCCAGCUGGUCAUGGAGUCUCCUUGGAGUUUCACUGAUGGCGUCAAGCUGUGUUUUGAUCCUUUGUUCUGGAGGUUGUGUGUCAAUGACAUGCAGUGGCUCAGGAACCAGGUGGUGGCGCCGCUGACGGAGGAGCUGGUGUUCCGCGCCUGCAUGCUGCCCAUGCUGGUCCCCUGCACGGGUCCCACCGCCGCCGUCUUCAUCUGUCCCCUCUUCUUCGGAGUCGCCCAUUUUCACCACGUCAUCGAGCAGCUGCGGUUCAAACGAGGUACCUUGUCAGGGAUCUGUCUGUCCGCAGUGUUCCAGUUCUCAUACACGGCUGUUUUCGGAGCCUACUCUGCCUUCAUCUUCAUCAGGACAGGUCACCUGGUGGGUCCGGUGCUCUGUCACUCGUUCUGUAACUACAUGGGUUUUCCAUCGCUGGGCGCCGCCCUGGGCCAUCCUCGCCGUCUGCCCAUCCUGGCCUCCUACCUGCUGGGCGUCGUCCUCUUCCCGCUGCUCUUCUUCCCGCUGACCGACCCGUCGUGGUUCGGCACGUCGCCCAUCUGCAGCCGGGCCCUCGGCUCGCGCUCCGUCUGCUCCUGACGAGCCGCCGCCGAGCGCGGCUCCUCUCGGACCCUCGCGCGCUGCUCGCGCCAGAUGGUGGGCCUGCGGGGCGUGCCGGCGCUGCCCAUCUGCUUCUUUCCCCUCUCAGGUAUGCGUAGCUUUCCCAGACCAGCUCCAUGUCCUCGGACGUGAACUCGGCGAGAUCGGAGUCCCCUACUCUGUACCGCCUCCGUACCGCGUCUGUACCGGUCUCCUCUUCUACCUCACGAGGUCUCUGCACAUUGCCUUUCUCUCGUACCCCAGUCUCUGGUCCUGCCAGGAAACUUGAAGCUACUUGAAGCUACUCUCUCCCACUAUCUGCGUUGAGAAACACCUCCUGGAAAAGUAGUCUUGCUUUGCUUUACUUUGCUGUUUUGUCGAAACUCUGGGCAAGACGGACAGAUUCAAGUAUGUCCCCGGUCACUUCCUGUUCCUCCUUUCGUUCCUUCCUAACGAUUUCUGUAUUUAUUGCAGAUGUGCAAUUUUACUGUGGUUUUAGCAGGUGUCACUAAUUUAUGUCCAGGGCGUUUCUUUUGUAAGAAGAGGAAUGAGACAAAUUAUUUUACUUCACGUACAAUUCAUCUUGGUUACUCGGUCAUUUAGAAACACGUUACAUUUGUAUCCGCUGCAGUCUUUACGUGGCAUGAGAUGUUGAAUGGGAUGAAAGGAAAUGAGGUGUGUGUGUGUGUGCGCGUGUGUGCGCGCACGCACGCACGCACGCAUGACCACAUCACUAUGCAUAGUCCCUGGAUCUGCACUGCGAGCAGUAGCCACUCAUCUAGCACAUCCUAUCAAACUGCAUGAAAGCCAGCAGAAAAGGGAGGACGAGGAAGAAACCAUCUCAGGUACUGAUUCGCAAAGCCCGGCACCUGCCUGCCGCAGCCACGUGAAAAUCUCGGCGUCAUCAGGGGAGGCUUUUGGAAAACUUUUAGUAAUAGAGAGCACACGUUUCGCAUGCAGUUUAACACACCCACUUUUACUGCGUAAAGAACAACCGAUGCGUCGCCGAAAAGGUUCUUGUUGGAAUCCCAGAAAAAGCAGCAAAGUGUCUUUCGUCGCUGUCCCUCGGCCCCCCGCCGCCACCUCCUCGCAGGGCGAAGCCAGCUCUCUGUACCACGUUAUUCUGCUCAAGCUGUACUUUGUUAGCGAAUGCUUUAGUUAAUCCUCUCUCUCCGUUUCCAGAAGUCUCCUGCUUAUUUUUCGCAGCUCAUGCAAUGUGCCAGAGAUUCGGGUGCUUUAAGUCUGAGUGGAACAACUCGAGGAGUCGUGACCAUGCGAUCAGUGCUUUUGGCACUUUUACACACAUUUAUAGUGAAGAGCACCCGUUCGCGUCCCGCUGUCCCACGUGCAUAUACAGCAGGUACAUUUGUAGAAAGUGUGACGCCGAAGCUCUGCGUUGUUUCUCCUCGUCAGGGUUUAGGGACAAUCUGUUGUACCGCAUGUCAUCGGCACCCUUUCUCGGAUGCUCAUCUGGCUUCGUCAUCGGCCGCUCUCCGCUCAUGGACACGCGAAACGAGGGCGCUGGACGUGUGCCCUCCUGCAUCAGCUCCCUCCUCUUUUCUGAAACGCUCACCUCUCUUUUUUUUUUUUUUUUUUUUUCCCUUCCCUCUCGCUUCCUCAUUCUUGGAAACAGGUUCCAUUUGUAUGCAGCCGUUUCUCUUACUACUUUAAAGCAUGUGUCACCCACGUCGGGACUUAAAUGUGCACAAAUUGUUCAGAGCAACAAUUCUAUUUUUAUUACACUGAAAGAGUGUGUGUCGGUAAGGUCAGCAUGGACUGUGUAUCUUACUCAAAGUUCACUCACUUUCACACACUUAAGCAGUUUUUUGUACACUAAGGUACAAGGUUUGAAUUGUAGACCAGCAAUGGUGAUGUUUUCUUAAAAUUAUUUUGAAAAAUGGCAGGGAGGGGGUCAAAUGUUUCUCUUGAACAUAGUGGUAUGUGAACGCUAAACACAAUUUUGGGAAGUCAACAGUUUGAUAGUGUUAUGACAAUCUUGUAUGGAAUAUCAUGUUUUGAAUGUUAUAUUCCU